GACAUGUGCAUGUUACAAAGUUAUACAACAGUUUAUAAGGUAAAUUUAUCACACGGAUCGCAGGUUAUGCGAGAGGUACCAGUAUCUGAACUGCGGGGAGGCUGGAGACCGACAUGGAGCCAAUAAACAAAGAUGCCAAAACCAACCCGGCUGCCACGGCGAAUUUAUUAUCACAGAUAUUUUUCUGGUGGCUGAACCCUCUUUUCCGUAUUGGAUCUAAGAGAAGACUUGAAGAAGAUGACAUGUACACGGUGCUUCCCGAGGAUCGCUCUAAGAAACUUGGGGAGGAGCUGCAGAGAUACUGGGACCAAGAAGUGGAGAAAGCAACCAAUGAUCUCAGGACACCCAAACUCAGUAAAGCCAUUAUCAGGUGUUACUGGAAGCCUUAUGCAGUACUGGGAGUAUUUACCUUUAUAGAGGAGACUAUUAAAGUGGUGCAGCCAGUGUUUUUGGGAAAACUUAUUCAGUAUUUUGAGAACUAUAAACCUGAAGACAUGCCAGCAUUAUACGAGGCUUAUGGGUACGCAGUGGGCAUCUCUCUCUCGACCCUGGCUCUGGCUUUACUGCACCACCUCUACUUUUACCACGUCCUGAGGGCUGGAAUGAAAAUCCGCAUUGCAAUGUGUCACAUGAUCUACAAGAAGGCACUGUGUCUUAGUUCCUCUGCUAUGGGCCACACCACCACAGGGCAGAUUGUUAACCUCUUGUCCAAUGAUGUCAACAAGUUUGAUGAGGUGACUAUUUUUCUACACUUCCUGUGGGUGGGGCCUCUGCAAGCUGCAGCUGUGGUUGGUCUGCUUUGGUAUGAAAUCGGACCAUCAUGUCUUGCGGGAAUGGCAGUUUUGCUCUUUCUUAUGCCACUUCAGACCAUGUUUGGAAAACUGUUUUCAAAGUUCAGGGGUAAGACCGCUGUAUUCACUGACACUAGGAUACGCACCAUGAAUGAGGUUGUAUCUGGUAUACGUAUCAUUAAGAUGUAUGCAUGGGAGAAGCCAUUCGCAGCGCUGGUUAAUGAUGUACGAAGAAAGGAGAUUUCGAAAAUCAUGAGUAGCUCAUACCUUCGUGGAUUGAACAUGGCCUCGUUCUUUGCUGCAAGUAAAAUCAUCGUGUUCGUGACAUUCACCAUGUACGUGCUGGUGGGCAAUACCAUCACAGCCAGUCGGGUGUUUGUAGCCGUGUCGCUGUACAGCGCCGUCCGCCUCACCGUUACAUUGUUUUUUCCUUCUGCUAUUGAGAAAGCAGCCGAGGCAGCCAUCAGUAUACGUAGAAUCAAGAAGUUCCUCUUACUGGAUGAGUUUGUGAAAACCUCUGUUCCACUUUCUCACGAGGAGGAGAAGAAAGAGGUGUCUGUGGAGAUACAGGACCUCAUAUGCUAUUGGGACAAGACUCUUGAUGCUCCAACACUCCAAAAUGUGUCUUUUACUGUAAAGCCAGGAAAACUUCUGGCUGUCAUUGGUCCUGUGGGUGCUGGCAAGUCCUCUCUGCUCAGCACUGUCCUCGGGGAGCUUCCAGCUGAAAAGGGUGUUGUAAAGAUCAAAGGUGAGCUCACCUAUGCUUCACAGCAACCCUGGGUCUUUCCAGGCACCAUUCGGAGCAACAUACUGUUCGGGAAGGAGCUGCAGCCACAACGAUAUGAGAAGGUCAUCAGAGCAUGUGCACUCAAGCGGGACAUGGAGCUGCUCCCUGAUGGGGAUCUGACAGUGAUCGGAGACAGAGGGGCAACUCUCAGUGGAGGCCAAAAAGCUAGAGUCAACCUGGCCAGGGCCGUGUAUCAGGAUGCUGAUAUUUACCUGUUGGAUGAUCCAUUGAGUGCAGUAGAUUCUGAAGUGAGCAGACACCUGUUUGAACAGUGUAUUUGUGGUAUUCUGAAGCAGAAGCCCAGGAUCCUGGUUACUCACCAGCUGCAAUACCUGAAGUCUGCAGAUCAGAUCCUGGUUCUAAAGGAGGGUCACAUGGUGGCACAUGGCACAUACUCCGAGCUGCUGCGUUCAGGAGUGGAUUUCACUUCUCUGCUAAAGAAAGAUGAAGAAGAAGAGGCCGUGGGAGAUAAAGGAGAGGCUCCUCGCUCCCCCCGCAGUCGAACCCUCUCCCAGAACUCUGUCCGCUCACAGACUUCAUCAGUUCCCUCCGUUAAAGAUGAAUCUGAUCAGCUGCCGGCGGAUCAUGUGCAUACCAUGGCAGAGGAGACUCGCUCAGAGGGGACCAUCGGCUUUCACCUGUAUUGGAAAUACUUCAGAGCUGGAGCCAGCUUCUUAAUGCUGAUCUUUCUCGUGAUCCUCAACAUCCUUGCACAGGUUUCUUAUGUUCUUCAGGACUGGUGGCUUGCAUACUGGGCUUCAGAACAGGAGAAGCUGAAUAAUAGCACUUUCAAUAAUGGCAUCAGUGGUAACACUACUCAAGAACUCAACCUUGACUUCUAUCUUAGUAUCUACGCAGGUUUAACAGGAGCGACCCUCAUCUUUGGUUUUAUGCGUGCUCUGAUGUUAUUUAAUGUGUUUGUGAGCUCGGCCCAGACGUUACACACCCGCAUGUUUACCUGCAUCCUGAGAACCCCGGUCCGUUUCUUCGAUAUCAACCCUAUUGGAAGAAUUCUCAACCGGUUCUCCAAAGACAUUGGCCAGCUUGAUUCUUUACUUCCUUGGACAUUUGUGGAUUUCAUCCAGGUGUUUCUGCAGGUCAUCGGUGUCAUCGCUGUGGCAGCGUCAAUAAUACCUUGGAUUCUGAUUCCUGUGCUGCCCCUGCUGAUAGGCUUCCUGUUCCUGCGACGCUACUUCCUGCGAACCUCGCGAGAUGUCAAGCGCCUUGAAUCCACCACUCGAAGUCCUGUGUUUUCCCAUCUGUCGUCUUCACUGCAAGGCCUGUGGACCAUUCGCGCUUUUAAAGCGGUGGAACGGUUUCAGCAGACGUUUGAUGCCCAUCAGGAUCUGCACUCAGAGGCCUGGUUCCUGUUCUUGACCACUUCACGCUGGUUGGCUGUGCGUUUGGAUGGAAUGUGUUCAGUGUUUGUGAGCAUCACAGCCUUUGGAUGUCUUCUGUUAAAAGACAGUAUGGAGGCAGGUGCUGUGGGUUUGGCCUUGUCCUAUGCAGUCACACUGAUGGGAAUGUUCCAAUGGGGUGUUAGACAGAGUGCCGAGGUGGAGAACUUGAUGACUUCAGUGGAGAGAGUGGUGGAGUACACAGAGCUAGAGAGUGAAGCACCUUGGGAAACCCAAAAACAGCCUCCUCCAGAUUGGCCAAAUCGGGGCCUGAUAACCUUUGAUCGGGUCAACUUCUCCUACAGUGCUGAUGGACCUAUAGUCCUCAAGAACUUUACAGCCAUGUUCAGACCCAGAGAGAAGGUUGGAAUUGUUGGACGCACCGGUGCAGGGAAAAGUUCCCUGAUAUCAGCGCUGUUCCGUCUGACAGAGCCAGAAGGGAAGAUCUUCGUGGAUGGAGUGUUGACCUCUGAGAUCGGCCUUCAUGACCUCCGUCAGAAGAUGUCCAUCAUACCACAGGAUCCUGUUCUGUUCACUGGAACCAUGAGGAAGAACCUGGACCCCUUUAGCCAGCACUCAGACCAGGAACUAUGGAGCUCUCUGGAGGAGGUCCAGCUGAAGACCGUUGUAGAGGAACUGCCAAGUAAACUCGAGACCGAACUGGCUGAAUCUGGAUCAAACUUCAGCGUGGGUCAACGGCAACUCGUCUGUCUUGCUAGAGCCAUUCUGAGGAAGAACCGCAUUCUCAUCAUUGAUGAGGCCACGGCAAAUGUAGAUCAUCGGACAGACGAGCUUAUCCAGAAGACCAUCCGUGAGAAGUUUAAGGAGUGCACUGUCCUCACCAUUGCACACAGACUCAACACGAUCAUAGACAGUGACCGUAUCCUGGUUCUGGAUGCAGGUCGCAUCCACGAGUACGACAAUCCCCAUGUUCUCCUAAAGAACCAGAAUGGGAUCUUUUAUAAGAUGGUCCAGCAGACCGGAAAAGCAGAAGCGGCCUCGCUGGUCCAGACCGCCAAACAGGCGUACAUGAACCGCAGUCCAUCCCACCUGCCCAACGGCUUUGCCACCACAGAAGAUGGCAGUCUGGUGAUCUUUGAGACGGCGCUAUAACAGCCCUGCUCCCACCAAGUGCCAGAUCUACAUGGGGCACAGCUGCUUCUAGCUACCCAAAGCACUCUCCUUCUGAAGAGGGCACCAGGACAGAAGUUCGGCCCCCCCUCCCACAGACACCAUUACGAGAUCUCUGCUCAGCCAGGCUGAGAGUUGUUGGAGCCUGUACACACGUACACUUAAUAGAUGUGUGCUAAUGUCGGAUAAAAAUGCCAAUGACUCCAGAGAGGAAAGGGUGAUUGCAACAAUCACAAGAGGAUGCAACAAUUAUGCAUCAACUUUAUACACCAGCAUUCUGAUUUAUCCAAUAAAAUAGUGAUAGACUAGGUAACUUAAGAUGACUUGAUUGCAUCCUGCAAAUUAUGAUUGGUUUUCAUACAUGCCUUAAUAUAAAGUAUAUUACCAGGACUGAAAGAUAUUCGUAAAGUCUUGUAUGGGACAAAGAGGUUGCUCAAUCUAAACACCGUGCUAUUAGCUACACCAGUGGCUACUUAUAUUUAGUUAUACAGGUGCCUUUACUUUGUAAUUUGUGGUUUCACAAACUGCAUAAACUGGCUGGAUUCUGACAGCAACCAUAAGACCUUAUAAUUACGACUGCCUUGAGACAAGCCAGGUUUAUAAGGAAGAUCUCAUUGUUUUUUAUAUUCUUAAUUAUUCUUAAAUAUUCUUCUUAAAAAUACUUAAUUAUUUAAAAGAUUCAAAGUAGCUUUGAGAGAGUGUAUAAAAACAUACAUUUGCUGAGGGCAUUCUGUUAAUGCUGCAUUAUUUUGAAUGUGGAAACUUAUUAUUACUAGUCUUGACAUGCAGUUCCUGUGCAAUACAAACAAGACUGGGCAUUGCUUUAGUGUUUAAUGUAGACUCUACAUGUAAUGCUGUCCCUUCAACGUUUUAAAAAUAUAUUUAUACUUUUGUUUUUGUAAAUUUGAAAGUGUGAGAAUGAAAGGGAUGUAGAGUUGAAUGAUGCCAGUAGAGUUUCUCUCUACUGUUGAUCCGAUUUAUGCCUUAAUGUCUCUUAUGUAUUUUCAUAAAUGACUGAACAUAUUUUUUGUUUCAUCUGUACAAAGAUAAAAAAGUUGCAAUAUCUGCCAAAAAAAAACUAUUUUUUUAUGAUAUGCAGGUCAGUUUAACACCUCAAUUUAAGUUUGGUCUUGCAAGUUAAAUGUUUGUUGUCAUAUAUAACAAGUAGGGAAAAUAUUAUAUCAUACUUAUAGCUGUCUAGUUUUGAAACAUAAAAUGUAUUUACCCUCUCACUUUGUGUUCCAUUUUAAGUUAGUUUCCACUGGUUUGAAUGAUCAGUAUUUAAUGUUCAAAGAUCUGUUCUUACUGCAAAAGUAUGUUUGCUAUUUGCAUUCAUGUUCAAAAGAAUUAUUGUGUAAUUGUCAUAUGUGUAGUUGUCAUAUUUCGAUUCAAUUACUUGUUUUCAUUAUUAAAAAUGUCUAUUAUUAAAAAUAUAACUAUAUGAUUA